AUGCUCAGCGCCCAAGUCCCGCCCCCGAAAGCAGGUCCCAAAAAUGAGACCCAGCACAAUGUGAAUGUCCAGGAAGAGCCAAAGAGCAAGAGAAAAGUGCCACGUUUUCUGUUCAUCUGGGCAGAAGAGAAGGCCAAGAAAAAGGAGGAGAAGACAAUGAGGAAGGAGAAGGAGCGAAGAGAAAAAGAGUUGCUGCUUGAACGCUACAGGAACGAUCCAAAACUGAAGCACUUAAGGGAGACACCUUUGAGGGCACAGCAGUGUGCAGCGCAAGAGCAGGCGGCACUAGAGAAACUUCCAGAGGCAUCGCUGAUGAAGGCGAGUGAGAGUGAGGCCUUCGACUUCACUGCCAAAAACAGGAAGUGCAGGAGGAGACGCCGCCAGUAUGGAGAGAAAGAGAAGGAAAGACAGGUGAAGAGAAAGGUGAAGAAGGAGGGAGAGAUGAAUGAGGGAGCAAGUCAUAAAGACAAGGCAGAAAAAGAAAGAGAGACACUUAGCCUUGAAAAGAUAAAGGAUAGAGGACAUGUGCCGCAGAAAAAAAGACAGUCUGCCAAAUUAAGAAAGAUGCAGAGUCUAGAAAAUUUGACGGAGGGAGGAAGUGAGCAUAGAGAGGCUGGAGAAAAGAAAAAGAAGAAGAGAAAACUGAAGGAACGAAAGACCACUGAGCCAACUCCGCUUCUUGUGGAGGUCAAACCUCAGAAAACUCUAGUCAGUCCUCCAGUGAGAUCUUCCUUCUUGACGCCAAUAGAAGGAGAACUUCCAGUGUUUCCAAGUGUCUCUGAAGACCUUCCUCUACCAGCUGCUCGCUUCAGGCCCCUGCCGCCAGUGACCAAACCGCCCAUGUAUCCUCAAAAGCCAGCUCCUGCACCAGAGAAAGUGUCCCUGCCAUGUUCUCCUCUUCAAGUGGAUCCUCCUAAACCGUUGGCAGUUCCUCCACGUCCCACUCCAGCACCUGAUGAACUGUUUUCCCUCCGACGCUCCCAAGUGAGGCCUUCCAAACAACUGGUGGUUCCUCUGAGCCCCAUUCCUGAAUCUGAUGAAGUUGCUGAUCUGCAACGUUCUUCAACUCAAGUGUGUCCUCCCAGCCCGGUGAAGCCUCAGCCGUCCACUUCUUCCCUGGUUGAGCCGCCUCCACAACUCAUGCUCAUCGACAUAGAGGAUGAGGAGACCGAGUAUGUGGAGUACACAGGAAGACCAUUCGGGCCUGUGACUUAUCCAAGUCUGAAUGCCCCCGACCGCUGGAGGCUGAAAUGA